UCACGAUUCCAUUUUCAGUUUAUGUAACUUAAUUUUACCCUUUUUACACCCUCCGAUUUACUCCAGUUCGGUUGUCUACAUGUAAGUCUAGAAUGACAUAACAGAACAAAACUUUGACUGGCAUGAAUUAUGCCCUAUGUCAAUUACAAGCCACACAUCCGACUGCAAAACCGAUGAGCUCGAUGAAGAGAGAGAAUUGCUAAUGGAGCAACGAGUGAAUAAUCGAUUAGUCUCAGGCUCUCGGCUGGUGCAAUAUAAUGUGAGACCUCUCUCCAUUCCCACCGGCCAAACUCACCGGAAAAUGACGGUAUACCGGAAUUCGUCUCCCGGCUUCCUCGCCGGAAAGCAAGUGUUUCCGGUCGAUUACGCAGCCGAGGUCUCGCAACGGCUCGUCGACGCUUCCCACGCCGACGACCUCAACUCGGCCCUCGAGUACGUCGCCGACCCCUUCGUCGACGUCAACUUCAUCGGAACAGUGUGCUUGAAGACGAAAAGGACAGAUGUUGUCUUGCACGAUGAGUCGGCCAACGAAGUUCGUUUCGAAUUCGAAGAGUUCAAGACGGAGGUCACUGCUCUGUUCCUCGCAGCUCAUGCCGGAAAUCUGACACUCGUCAGAAAAUUACUGAGUGUUGGAGCCAAUGUGAAUCAGAAGCUGUUCCGGGGCUAUGCUACGACAGCGGCAGUGAGGGAGGGCCAUAUUGAGAUAUUGGAGAUGCUUUUGAAUGGUGGAGCAUCUCAGACAGCAUGCGAGGAGGCUUUGUUGGAAGCAAGCUAUGUGGGGCAGACCAGGCCUGCUGAGCUGCUCAUGGGUUCCGACAUGAUCCGCCCACAUGUUGCUGUGCAUGCUCUUGUCACGGCAUCCUGCAGAGGGUUUGUGGAUGUUGUCGAGACACUCAUCAAGUGUGGAGUCGAUGCUAAUGCAACCGCGCGGGUGCUGCUUAGGUCUUCCAAGCCGUCUCUGCAUGCCAAUGUUGACUGUAAUGCGCUCGUUGCAGCCAUCGUUAGCAGGCAGAUUUCUGUUGUCAGAUUGCUGCUACAGAAGGCUGGUGUUAGAACAGACGCAAAAGUGAGACUGGGAGCCUGGUCAUGGGACACAGCUACUGGAGAGGAAUUUAGGGUGGGUGCAGGGCUAGCUGAACCUUAUAGUGUCACCUGGUGUGCAGUGGAGUAUUUUGAAGACAGUGGUGCUAUCUUGUGCAUGCUCUUACGCCACCUCUCCCCUAACAUCCCUCAUUUUGGGAGGACCAUCAUCCAUCAUGCCAUCCUAUGUAACAACGCUAAAGCAGUCAAUGUGCUUGUGAAUUGUGGUGCUAAUGUAGAGUUCCCUGUUGAAACAGAUGAUAAAACAGAGUUCCGCCCUAUUCAUUUAGCUGCACGGCUUGGGUUUGCUGAGGUUCUCCAACAAUUUAUCAAUGCUGGUUGUAAUCUCAACUCAAAAACAAAUUCUGGCGAUACUGCGUUGAUGAUAUGUGCAAGAAAUAAGUGUGAGGAGUGUCUUCAACUUCUGGCAUUGGCAGGUGCUGAUUUUGGUUUGGUUAAUUUGGCUGGUCAGUGUGCCAAGUCAAUUGCUGAAUCCAUGUGGUUGGCUCUUGGCUUCCAACAAGCAGUUCUAGAUGUAAUCCGAACUGGGAAGAUUCCUCAAUCAAGCAAUGCUUCAGUAUUUUCUCCUAUACUGUUCGUCACUCAAGCAAAUGACAUUGAGGCCUUAAAGAAACUUGUUGAGCAACCUGAAAUUGAUCUUGAUGAACAGGAUGGAAAUGGAUUUUCAGCAGCCAUGCUUGCCGCGGCAGGUGGUCUUGUUGAGGCAUUCCGGUUGCUUGUAUAUGCAGGGGCUAAUGUAAAGCUGAGUAAUAAAUACGGUGAGACAGCAAUUACUCUAUCAGAAGCAAACAAGAAGAGUGAUGCUUUUGAAAAGGUAAUUCUUGAAUAUGCACUUGCAAAAGGGAAACAUGCUUCCACUGGAUUUUAUGCUCUACAUCGCGCUGCAUGGCGUGGUGAUCUAGAGUCGGUCCGUAUGUUAACUAGUGGGGGUUAUGAUGUCAAUGUCCCUGACAGUGAUGGAUACACUCCACUCAUGUUAGCAGCAAGGGGAAGUCAUGGAAGCAUGUGUGAACUCCUAAUCUCAUGUGGGGCUAGGUGCGACAUUGAGAAUUCAACAUGUGAGACUGCACUCUUGCUAGCAAGGAAACAUGGUAAGGGAAAUGAUGCAGAACGCGUGAUAUUGGAUGAGCUUGCUCGGACACUCGUGUUAAGCGGGGGACAUGUGAAGAAGCACACAAAGGGAGGUAAAGGAGCCCCCCAUAUGAAAGCACUCAAGAUGGUGGGGAAUGCAGGGUUGUUGAGCUGGGGGAAGUCCAGCAAUAGAAAUGUGAUAUGUAGGGGGGCCGAGGUGGGCCCCAGCUCAGCAUUCCGUUGGAACCGCCGUAAGAAGUUCGACGUUGAAGAACCGGGAGUUUUUCGUGUGGUCACAACGAAGAACAAGGAAGUGCAUUUUGUUUGUGAGGGUGGGAUCGAAAUGGCAGAUUUGUGGGUGAGAGGAAUUAAGCUUGUGACAAGGGAAGCUAUUUUCGGUAAGAAGCAAGGACAAGCUUGAAUACUGGAUGGUAACUAUAUUUUGGCUUUUGUACAGAAGUUGGGGAGAGGAGAUAUCACCUUUUGUUAGGCAGAAUGUCUUAAAUCUAAUCUUCCGAGAAAGAAAAAAAAAUGUCUUAAAUCUAUUGCAUUACAAAAAAAUGCUCUCUAGUUUGCCAAAACUGUUAAUUUGCUGAUAAUAAGAAGG